CGGCGCAGCGCGCAGCCUCCGCCCCGGCUCGGUGCGCACGCCCGCGGCCCCGCGCUAGCCCGUCCGCCCCGCGCCGCCGAGUCCCGCGCCCCCUGCACGGCCGCCGCUGCGUCCCGACCGAGUGCGGAGCCCGGCGCGAUGCGACGCUCCGAAGCGGGCCGCGCCGUGCUCCUGGCGCUGCUGGCCGCGCACUUCCAGGCGAGUCCGGCGCUGGAGGAGAAGAAAGUUUGCCAAGGGACAAGUAACAAGCUCACCCAGUUGGGCACUUUUGAAGACCACUUUCUCAGCCUCCAGAGGAUGUUCAAUAACUGUGAGGUGGUCCUUGGGAAUUUGGAAAUUACCUACAUGCAAAGUAGUUACAACCUUUCUUUCCUAAAGACCAUCCAGGAGGUUGCUGGCUAUGUACUCAUUGCCCUCAACACAGUGGAGACGAUUCCUUUGGAAAAGCUGCAGAUCAUCAGAGGAAAUGUGCUCUAUGAAAACACCCAUGCCUUAGCGGUCUUAUCCAACUACGGUGCAAAUAAAACGGGACUGAGGGAGUUGCCCAUGAGAAACUUACAGGAGAUCCUGCAAGGCGCCGUGCGAUUCAGCAACAACCCUGUCCUCUGCAACAUGGACACCGUCCAGUGGAGGGACAUCGUCAACGCCGACUUUCUAAGCAAUAUGUCAAUUGAAUUUCAGAGCCAGCUGAGCAGAUGCCCAAAGUGUGAUCCAGUCUGUCUUAAUGGAAGCUGCUGGGGUGCAGGGAAGGAGAACUGCCAGAAACUGACCAAAGUCAUCUGUGCCCAGCAGUGUUCCGGGCGCUGCCGCGGCAGGUCCCCCAGCGACUGCUGCCACAGCCAGUGUGCCGCCGGCUGCACGGGGCCGCGGGAGAGUGACUGCCUGGUCUGCCGCAGGUUCCGGGACGGAGCCACAUGCAAGGACACAUGCCCGCCACUCAUGCUGUACGACCCCACCACCUACGAGAUGAAAGUCAACCCGCUGGGGAAGUACAGCUUCGGCGCCACCUGUGUCAGGAAGUGUCCCCGUAACUACGUGGUGACGGACCACGGCUCGUGCGUCCGCGCCUGCAGCUCUGACAGCCAGGAGGUGGAGGAGGACGGCGUCCGCAAGUGUAAAAAGUGCGACGGACCUUGUGGCAAAGUUUGUAACGGAAUAGGAAUUGGUGAGUUUAAAGAUACACUUUCCAUAAAUGCUACAAAUAUUAAACACUUCAGAAAUUGCACCUCGAUCAGUGGAGACCUUCAUAUCCUGCCAGUAGCAUUUAAGGGUGAUUCCUUCACACGUACUCCACCUCUGGACCCAAAGGAACUGGACAUUCUAAAAACUGUAAAGGAAAUAACAGGGUUUUUGCUGAUUCAGGCCUGGCCUGCAAACAGGACUGGCCUCCAUGCUUUUGAGAACCUGGAAAUCAUACGUGGCAGGACGAAGCAACAUGGUCAGUUUUCUCUGGCGGUUGUUGGCCUGGAUGUAACGUCCUUGGGAUUACGCUCCCUCAAGGAGAUAAGUGAUGGAGAUGUGAUCAUUUCAGGAAACCGAAAGUUGUGCUACGCAGAUACAAUAAACUGGAAAAAACUCUUUGGGACCUCAAGUCAGAAAACCAAAAUUACAAACAACAGGAGUGAAAAAGAGUGCAAGGCCAUGGGCCACGUCUGUAACCCGCUGUGUUCGUCAGAGGGCUGCUGGGGCCCGAAACCCGAAGACUGCAUGUCCUGCCGAAACUUCAGCCGUGGCAGGGAGUGUGUGGAGAAGUGCAACGUUCUAAAGGGAGAGCCCAGGGAGUUCGUUGAAAACUCCGAGUGCGUGCAGUGCCAUCCGGAAUGCCUGCCCCAGGCCAUGAACGUGACCUGCACGGGACACGGACCAGGCAGCUGUGUAAAGUGUGCCCACAACAUCGACGGCCCUCACUGCGUCAAGACCUGCCCUGCUGGAGUCACAGGAGAAAACAGCACCCUGAUCUGGAAGUUUGCAGAUGCCAAUCACGUGUGUCACCUGUGCCACCCCAGCUGCACCUACGGCUGUGCUGGGCCCGGUUCUGAAGGCUGUGCAGUGAGUGGGCCCAGGAUUCCGUCCAUCGCCACCGGGAUGGUGGGCGCCCUGCUGCUGGCCCUGGUGCUGGCCCUGGGGGUCGGCCUCUUUCUGCGCAGGCGCCGCAUCGUCCGCAAGCGCACGCUGCGCCGGCUGCUGCAGGAGCGCGAGCUUGUCGAGCCUCUGACGCCCAGCGGAGAAGCUCCCAACCAAGCUCUCUUGAGGAUCUUAAAGGAGACGGAAUUAAAAAAGGUCAAGGUGCUGGGCUCCGGAGCAUUCGGCACGGUGUACAAGGGACUCUGGAUCCCAGAAGGCGAGAAGGUUAAAAUUCCUGUGGCUAUCAAGGAAUUAAGAGAAGCCACAUCUCCAAAAGCCAACAAGGAGAUUCUUGAUGAAGCCUACGUGAUGGCCAGUGUGGACAAUCCGCACGUGUGCCGCCUCCUGGGCAUCUGCCUGACGUCCACGGUGCAGCUCAUCACGCAGCUCAUGCCCUUCGGCUGCCUGCUGGACUAUGUCCGCGAGCACAAGGACAACAUCGGCUCCCAGCACCUGCUCAACUGGUGCGUGCAGAUCGCAAAGGGCAUGAACUACCUGGAAGACCGGCGCCUGGUGCACCGAGACCUGGCGGCCAGGAAUGUGCUGGUGAAGACGCCGCAGCACGUCAAGAUCACGGAUUUCGGCCUGGCCAAACUGCUCGGCGCCGAGGAGAAAGAAUACCACGCGGAGGGGGGCAAGGUGCCUAUCAAGUGGAUGGCUUUGGAAUCCAUUUUACACCGAAUUUAUACCCACCAGAGUGACGUCUGGAGCUACGGAGUCACCGUUUGGGAGUUGAUGACCUUUGGGUCCAAGCCUUACGACGGGAUCCCCGCGAGUGAGAUCUCAACCGUCCUGGAGAAGGGAGAACGCCUGCCUCAGCCGCCCAUCUGCACCAUCGACGUCUACAUGAUCAUGGUCAAGUGCUGGAUGAUUGAUGCAGAUAGUCGCCCAAAGUUCCGUGAGUUGAUCAUUGAAUUCUCCAAAAUGGCCCGAGACCCCCAGCGCUACCUUGUCAUCCAGGGGGACGAGAGGAUGCAUUUGCCAAGCCCCACGGACUCCAACUUCUACCGUGCCCUGAUGGACGAAGAGGACAUGCAAGAUGUUGUGGAUGCGGACGAGUACCUCAUCCCCCAGCAGGGCUUCUUCCACAGCCCCGCCAGCUCCCGGACGCCCCUCCUCAGUUCUCUGAGCUCCACCAGCAACACGCCCACUGUGGCUUGCGGUGAUAGAAACGGGGUGAACGGGCUGUCAGGUGAUCCUGAUACCCCCGCCGAAGUGAGCAACACUGGCUGGAGUAACCUUGCCUCAUCUCCUCCCCAGCAGAGCUAUCCCCUCCAGGAAGAUAGCUUCUUGCAGCGGUACAGCUCAGACCCCACUGGCACCUUGACCGAGGACAGCAUAGAUGACGCCUUCCUUCCAGCACCCGAAUACGUAAACCAGUCUAUUCCCAAAAGGCCCGCGGGCUCUGUCCAGAACCCCGUCUAUCACAAUCAGCCUCUAAACCCGGCUCCAGGCAGAGACCCUCACUACCAGAAUUCCCACAGCAAUGCCGUGGACAGCCCUGAGUAUCUCAACACCACCCAUCCCGCCUGCACCAACGGUGUGCUCGACGGCCCUGCCCUCUGGGCACAGAAAGGCGGUCACCAAAUUAACCUGGACAACCCUGACUACCAGCAGGCCUUCCUUCCCAAGGAAGCCAAGUCAAAUGGCAUCUUUAAGGGUUCUGCCGCUGAAAAUGCAGAAUACCUAAGGGUAGCACCAGCGGGCAGCGACCUUACCGGGGCCUGACCAUGGAGGACGGCCUCAGCCCUAAAAAGUCCAGCCCCUUCAUUCCCCAGGACCAAGCCACGGCAGCUACUCAGUCCCGUCAGCCAUACUCACGUUAACUCUUGGACCCAUGGACUGGUUUGGCCACAUCUGCCGUGAUCAGCCCAUCUUUCAGCCAACAAGUGCCCCCGACUCGGAUGCACUUAGGGGAGCUGCAGGGACGUUCCUUUGUCUUCAGACUGUGAGGCUUCCACAAAAGGCAUCCAGAAAGAAUGUUGUCCAUUUGGGCAGAAGUUCACCUUUCAAUGAGGUAUAUUUGAAAAACACUAAAUAUGUUUAAGGAGUUUUAUUGCUUGGGGACCUCUGGGGUUUUGUCAUUGAUUUUGCUCUCAAUGGGCUUGUCCAAUGAGGGACAGUCUUGCUCGUAGCACCUGUGGCACUGAGUUGACCCAGGCCCACCUGUGACCGAGAAGCAAGGGUCAGCCUUCCAGCUAACACUUGAUUCCAUUGGCUCCGCUUGGAGACUCUUCCACUGCAAGACAGUUGAAUAACGAACCAGUCCUCUGGAUCCUAAGCAGGCCCGAUUGGUACUAUAUCAAAUCACGGCAGGUGCAAGAGGAUAAGCCACUUGGAACUCUUCCUGGGCAAGGAAGAAACAGAGGGGGUAGAAUUCUUCCUCAGACUUACUUUUAUAUGAAUGUCUCCAUGGUACUUAACUCUCCAUUGGUUGACCCGUGUUUUCUAAUUACAAGUAUCAGAUUUGUUUCUUUUCCAUUCCACUGCGGUGAAAUUCAGCAUGCUUUCCCUGUCAGCAGGAGGGGACGGUAACCAAGACCGGCUCAUAUUUCAUUCGUCAGCAUUCAGACCAGUUGCCUUUAAUUGAGAUGGAAUGACAGUGCAAAAAGGGACCAGUCCCCCAGAUGUGAGUCUCAGAGGAAAUACAUCAGGUCCUUUGGGGGUCAGGGGACAGGCAUGUAUCGGGAGACUGCAAGAACGAAGCUGCUCUUACAACUUCUAGCUCCCCCCGACAAAAAAAAAAAAAAAAUUUGUUCAAGCUACUCACGGAAGAUAGUUUUCUUUUUAUUUCACUUCCAGGCUUUUUUCCUCCAAGGGUACUUUGCCCCUCACUGGCAAGCGGCCCCGAAGCUCCUCCUUCCCUUGGUAAGCUGAAGGGUCCAGGCUCUGGGGCAGCUCUGCGGAAAUGUCUCGCCCUCACCACCACUGGCACGCUUUAGAAUAGAGACAGCAGUUUGUGUCGUGUGGAAUUCAAGCGGUAAAUAUGAAAUUUAAUUUGAUGAUACUGCCUUCAUAGCAUCUAUAGGCAUGUGAGAAGAAGAAAACAAUUUCCCCUUAAAAUAACUCCCUGUAAUUGGAGGACCUGCUGCUUAGGACACCAGCAUUUUCUCACCCGUGUCCCCGCACCCUGACUGUUAACACCCUUCUUGGUAGACAGUGUUAUAAACACUCUUAGUCAACACCCACCUCAGCCAGGAAGAAGUGUUUCAGACAAUAUUUUCAGCCGCCCAUCCCACAUCCCACAUCCACGAUUUUCCUUUAGCUUUUAAGUUAUUUAUUGACUCAGAUGGAUCAGGGCCCCAGUUUUGUUACCAAAGUAUUUUAUCUUGUCUCAGUGGAAAUAUAAACUAUAUUCAAUUCAAUUCCAUCACAUCGUGUUCCAAAUACCCUUGAACACCUUACCAGCCUGGCAUAGGUACUGAAGAUAAACCAAACAUAAUCCGUGAUUCCACGAAAUUCACAAUUUAGCGAAGAAAACUGACUCACAAACGCCAGCCUUAAAACGAUAUGACACAUGCCAGACGUGACAUGUCAGCCCAGCACCGUGACAGCACAAAGCAGGGAGUAAGGGGGACCGGGUCCUGGAGGAGCCGUGGUGGAGUUGGGUUAAAAGACCCCCCCAGGGCGUCAGCCACUGGAAAAUGGAAAGUGCGUUCCCAGCAGAGGGAGCCUCAACCACGGAGGCAUCUGCCGCAGGAACCACUCGUGCAGCCGGUCUACAGGCCCACUGCCCCUUCUGGCCUGGGAGUUACAUUCCCCAAGGGCCCUUCGGGUCCGUCCCCACGGGGGAUUUGAAAAUGAUUUGAGGAAAGAUUAAACAACACCUCUUAAGAAUCUGAAAUUUUAUGUCCUUGUCAGUAAACCACUUUCAUUAUUUAUUCACCUCAGAACAUAAAUACUUUAGCCCACGACUUAUCCAGCCCUGAGAAACACAACGAUUCACAUUCUGCUGUCACUUACUUGUCAGGAAACAGAUGGUGAGGGAGGACCACAGGGUGCUGGUCCAACUGUAGCGCUAAAACCCUAGUAUUUUUGUAAUUUGAAAUACUUUACUAUAACAUAAUAAAACAGCGGGAACUAUUCAGCUUU